AUGGAGGAUGAGCAACCUGUGCCGCCUCCGAGACGCAAAAAGCGCACGCAGAUAGCUUCUACCAAUGACAAGCAGAAGAGAACUGUCAGUUGGGGACCUGAAACAUGGGUUGGUGUGAGAGCGCUGCGGGCCAGUUCCGGAGGUAUACUAGACCCAGAUGACCGGGUGUGUGACGUGGCCGAUGACCGUGAAACCCUCACUGCAGAGUGCACAAAUCAGGCACCACAGCCUCGAGCAGCACAAGCAGAUGGCGCCAGUGGAUCUUCAGCUGGCACCGCCUCCCCUGACAUGUUUCGGGGGGGAGGCGGUGUCGGCGGCAGCAUGCGGGUUCCGAACACAGAUUCUUGUGUGGAAGUCGGCGCUGCUGACUUAGAAGAUGGCGCCAAUGGCCUGCAGGUGCGACGAGGCAGCGAACCCACCUUACACCAGGAUACUCUUCCUCCACAGAGACAGGAUACCGACCAAACGAAACGCUGGUCAGCGGCAGUGGUGUGUCGUGAUGACCACCGACCAGAACCCCCUCAUCCCGACAAACAUUCGCAUUUCCAGAGACAGACCAACAGAUUGUCCAUGCAGUUUUCUGGGCCAGGGAGUGGCGUAUGGAUGGAGGCGGCUGAACGAGUACAGAUCUAUGGCAGUAAGAGUUUGCCAAGAGAUGCGAGACGCGAUCCGUUAGGGCAGGACACCGCUAACGAACAACAAAACAAUAGGGUAGAAGAUAUGCUGCGAUGGGUAACCGGUGUAAAUAACGUAGUCAAUGUGAAUCAUGUGCAAGAAAGACCCUUGGAUUUACUACCUGAAGUACGAACCAGUGAACGAGCAAUAUCAGGAAUGGACGUGCCCGUCAGUCCCAGUAAGCCCAGUACAGCGCAGGGCGUUAAUGUGUCGCUUGUGAAGGGAGAAAAGGGUCUGGGAUUCACCAUAACCACGAGAGAUAACCCCACGGGGGGACACUGUCCCAUAUACAUCAAGAAUAUAUUGCCUAAGGGUGCAGCAGUAACUGACGGCAGACUUCGAGCUGGUGACAAACUGGUGUCAGUAAACGGUGUCAGCGUGGCAGGUCUGACGCAGCAGCAGGUCGUCGCACUGUUGAGGAAUACUCCUACGGAUUCCACUGUUGAUAUACGAAUCGAGAGGCCGGCUGGGAGGACUCAGUGGGUAGAGCCUCAACAGAGUCCGACAAAAUACAUAGAAAAGGCCAUAGGCGCCCCACCGAAAUCAGCAGACACAGAAAAAGCUGUAGAAAACGGUAGAGUCUCCAGUAUAGUGAACGCCAUAAACAAUAAUUCUAACUCUGUCCGAGGAAGAAUUUCUAAGAGUUCGUCUAAAGAUGAUCUGAAAGACCAGUCAUUGGACUCGGCGUUGCAGGAUGCGCUUAACUCGUCAACUGGUUCAGUAACAAACCUUAGAAAUCGCCUCAUACUCCGCUUAGAAGUGCCUGUACACGAAUCGGAGAAAGCCGGCCUCGGUAUCAGUGUGAAGGGAAAAGUGACUGCGACGCCGAAGCCCCACGAUUUGGGGAUUUUCAUCAAAUCUGUGUUACACGGUGGAGCCGCUUCCCGAGAUGGCAGAUUACACACAAACGACCAGCUCCUAAGCGUGAACGGCGUGUCUCUGGUCGGUCAAUCCAACGCCGAAGCCAUGGAGACCCUUCGAAGAGCCCUCCUUCAUUCCAGGCCCAACCUGCACGGCACCAUUUCCUUGACCAUCGCCAGGCGGACGGACAGCAUGGACAGCCUGGCACGGUGGAAAGACGACACGCCCCCAAACGGAAACGACACCACCAGCUCCAACGACAACUCCAACUUCAACACCGUCAUUUACAACGACAACAAACAGACGGACGCCAACUACGACAAGAAACACACAUCAGUCGUCACGAUUAAUAAUAAUAGCUGGAUUUCCAACCAAUCAGACGACAGCAAGGGAUAUCUGGAGAGGGAAGAUGCGAUCCCUCACGAUAGUAAGAGAGACAGCUUCGAGUGGAGCCGUUUGGACGGUUGGAAUCCAGUGAUAGACAGACUGACGGGACUGAGGAACGAGAGUUAUUAUAUGGCGACGCAAGAGGUGCCGAAUGGAAAUCUGAGGAGUAUGGGCCACGUGCACAUGUCUAGAUCGCCGCCUGCGCAUCAUAAUGUUAUUAUUGAGGAGGAUUAUGGCACUAGGGGAAGCGUCGGGGGCGAGUCGGGCAGCGAGUGCGGAGUCAACACGAAUGGCUUCAGCCGAGAUGCGAUCGGGAGGCGGUCCAUGUCCGAGAAGAGACACGCCGCACUCGACGCCAAGACCACGGGGACCUACAAGAAGAUCAAGGAAAUUAAGGCCAGCGCUGCACCAGUGGGUCCCUCCUUGGGCAUGCGCAAGUCAUCGAGUCUGGAGUCGCUGCAAACCGCCAUACAGGAGACGAAGCGAAACCCGCGGCACGAGCCUAUAUACGCUCGGGCACAUCCACCUCUGAAACACUGGUUGACCGACGACAAUAAUGCCCCAGAGAUCAUCCGGGGCUCACCUCAACAAUCAUCUCUGUCCCACAAGAAACCAUCGCUGCUCAAAUCAAUAUCUACGAUGUUCAGGAUCGGCAAACCUCACAAGAAAGAAGACGUGUACGGGAGAUCGACGCCCGCGCGUUCUUCGGAGAAGUCGCUCGCACGAGACGCGAUGGAGAGACACCGAGAUGAGAGAAUUGAGGACGUACACACGCGCAGAGAAGAGCUCCGAAGCAGACAAAACAGUGAGCGAAGUACGCGCUCCGAUCGACGAAAUGGGCCCGCCAUACAGGCAAUGGAGAGCGCGUGGGGACCUACAGGCCAUUAUGUUAAUUAUGAAGAAAUCCAACAAAACCUAAAUGCGCGGCGAGAGAAACUAAGCGAAGUACAAAUCGGUCAAAUGCGGCGGCAAGUUCACGCGCAGCGAGCGAAAGCCGAGGAAGAAAGGUGA